CCUCGCCAUGUUGUACGGGGAUGGCAGCUCCUCGUUCAGCUGUCACAACACAAAUCACAUUGAGAAGCAAAGUUACGAAAACUUGAGAAAUUUUAGCAAACUUACCACAAAACUAAGCCGAGUUUGAUCAGCAAAUCGUCCAGUGAGUCUAUCCCACAGCCAUGGGAAACACGGUGUCUGCAGCUGAAAAGGUUGCCUCGAACAUAGUGCCCAGCACCUUGACAAAGGUUGAAGAUGCGGCACUACCGAAGGGACAUCCACCGCUAGGCGAUAAAGCAGCCAUGUCCGGUAAUCCUCCGCCCGAAUGCCCGAUGCACCAAAAACAGCAACCCAAAGAACAACCAGUGCUCGUAUCCGAAUGCCCGAUUAAGCACGAUGGAGCAGAAGUGAACCCGCUGAACAUGAUGCCACCGGCAAAUCAAAAUCCCGCCCCGGGCCAACCGUUCCCACUGCCUACCGAGCGCCAGGUGUCGUCGAUUCCGAAAGCGACCACCGACGGUAAGCAAGAGUUUUGGGUGUACCCAAGCCAGCAGAUGUUCUGGAAUGCGAUGCUGCGCAAGGGCUGGCGCUGGGAGAAGGACGAUAUAGCUCAGAAAGACAUGGACGACAUUAUAAAGAUACACAACGCCAACAAUGAGCAGGCCUGGCAGGAGGUACUUAAGUGGGAAGCGCUGCACGCCCGCGAAUGUGGCAAUCCGCGGCUGAAGAGCUUCGGCGGCAAGGCAACCGAUUACAGCCCGCGGGCUAAGAUUCGCAACAUGAUGGGAUACGAGCUGCCAUUCGACCGACACGACUGGAUCAUCGAUCGCUGUGGCAAGGAUGUGCGCUACAUCAUUGACUACUACGACGGUGGCAUGGUGGACGAGAAGUACAAAUUUGCCCUGCUGGAUGUGAGGCCCGCGAUGGAUUCGUUCGACAACGUGUGGGAUCGCAUGAAGGUGGCCUACAUGCGAUGGAAGUUCGAGCUGGAGGACAAACUGAAGGAGCUGACAAACUAAGCGAACUGGAUCGCUGGCGCCAUAAGAAUUGUUUAGAAUGUACGACAGCUUCUUUGAGAUACGUUUCGCGCGACUUAGGAUCAGAAAGUACCACGGUUGACGAAGGAGUACAAUUAAAUUAUCUAGACUUACUGCACUCAACAAUAACGAAAAAGUACCCUAUGUUUGCAACACUUGCGUAGAGAAUGUAACAAGUUCUCGGAAUAAAUUCUAGGCCUCGUCUUUUACCCACCUUAAAGAGUGCUUUUUUACAUCAAAAUAAUCAAAUUACGAAUUUGGCGACAUGGUUGCUGAUGGCUAAAUUUAUAGUAGGUUGCAAGGUGGCAAGGUUACAGAGCUGCACAUCAAAAUUUGAAAGAUCUCCUUUACUCUAAAGAGUACUCCGAAAUUAAUGACCACGCAACGCAAUUAAAAUAAGGUGCUUAUGACGACCCCAUAAGAACAAAUCUAAAAUCUAAAACCAUAUCCAAACCCAUAGUGGUCCUGACACAAAUAAAUUACCUAUUUUCUUCAAGAACUGCAUAUACUGAACCCAUAUCGAACCCAUACCGGUCCAAGAAUCGAACAUAAUCCUAUCCCGGUCCUGGAACCGAUCAUGAACCCAUCCCGGUCCUAGAACCUAUCAUAAACUUAUACCGGUCCUGGAACCUAUCACGAACUUACACCAGUCC